AUGGCCGUUGAUUGGUCUAAGUUACCGACGGAGCUUCUCGGCUUAAUCGCCCUCCGUUUAAUCUCCGUCGUAGAGAUUCAACGUUUCCGUAGCAUCUGCCCAUCGUGGCGCUCCUCCGUCUCCUUCGCCGACAUCAACAACCCUCUCCUUCACAUCCACCCCAAUCCCCUCUCCGUCAUCCUCCGCACCAAAGACAACGAACUCAUAGGCCUCCACGGCGGCGCGUCGCUAUCAGGCGCCUCCUUCUCCCGCGUCACUCUCUCCUCCUCCUCCUCCUCCUCCUCAUCUACCAAAAGCUGGCUUAUCAAGUACGACUCCUACGCCGAACUCAACCCCGGGACUCUCCGUCUCCUCAACCCUCUCUCCCGCCUCCGUUUCCACCGCCGUUUCAAAUUCGUCGACCUCAUGAAAUUCACCGUCUCUGAGAUCCAACCAUCCUACACUAUUCACUCUCAUUGCUCGAAGAAAGCAGAUCUCGGUUUCAAAAGAGUGGUGGUUGCGAGAGAACACCUUGUCGACGGUGUCAAUCACCAAGUCCUCGGAGUCUGCACCGACGGUAGGAUCAGAUACUGGAACGGAGUCACAUGGACGAGAGUCAAAGACCAAGUGGCUCAUUUCCACGACAUCAUCAUCCACCAAGGACUCCCUUACGCGCUCGAUUCCAGAGGCAUUCUCUGGUGGAUCAGCUCCCGUCGUGGUAUCUUCAGGUUCGGACCUCAGCUGGACGACGACGUCGCUGAGUCUUGCUCUUGGAGAAGACUCAGAAGCUUAGUGGGAGGAAGCUGUGGGAAGUUCUACAUUGUUGAUCGCAUCGUUGAAAAUAAUGAACGGAGGAGUAAAGGUAAUACAGUGGAUCCACGGUAUAUAGAAAUGUUACAUGACGAUGUUGGGAACACGAGAGGCGAAGCGUUUAGAGGACACUUCUAUUACACAACGGUUGGUUUCAAGGUUUACACGGUGGAUGAUGAUUUGUGGCGAUGGGUUGUGGUUAAGAACUUGGGAGAUAAUGCGUUUGUGAUUGGUGAUGAGGCUUGUUUAGCUGUGAAGGCUGAUGAGUUCUACGGAUGCUUGCCAGGCUCUAUUUACUUUUGUGAUGAGGGUGAGUGUGAGAUUAAGGUGUUUAAGCUUGACGAUGGUAGUAUCGAGACUAUGUCUGGAGGUUCUCAGAGCUGUUUCCAGAUGUUUGUUCCUAGCUUUGACUGA